AUGUGGGAGGGACAUCCUCUGAGAUACCAGCAAGUAAAUACAGAGUUGAUGUCCCUCUGGAUUGACCAAGUACCCAAACCUCAAGAUCGUCCAAACUUCCCAGCGAAUAGAACGAGAAUUGUUUAUGGUUCUGAUGGUAACCGAUGGGGUUGGUAUUUAGACACAGCAACUCCACAAAGAAAUUACGUAUGUCAAGCUCCAAAGGCUGUUGCCAAUCAGUUGUUGCCUACUGCCAUGUCACUAACUUACGGGACUCCUGUGACAUCGGAACCUUUGAGGGGUCCAUGUUUCUUAUCAAAUCCACAAGAUGUAUUGUAUGUCCGCAAGCUGAGCUUGGAGAAGUACGCUGAGCUUAAAUGCGAAGCUAAUGGAAAUCCGCAACCUACUUACAAUUGGUAUACUUGUGAAGCCAAAAACAGCCAAGGAAGUAUUCUCAGUCGCACGGUACGGAUUGUCUUCGGGCAGCUGGAAACACCGCAGAAACAACCUAGAAAUGAGCGGAAAGUUUUGUCCCAUAAGAGUGAAACGCUGCCUUGCGAUCCUCCCGCACAUUCCCCACCAGAUAGUCUUCUGUACACAAUUUACAUGAAUAAAGGAGGAACAUUGGAGCCAGUCAUUCCGGACUACCGUCCGAAUCUGUUCAUUUCCCAAGCAAAAGGCCUUGUUGGCUUUUCAGAGCUAACAACUCUGGAUACGGGAGUGUACGUCUGCAUGAUCACCAUGCAGUUCAAUGGAGUUCGUCUGUUUGAUUCCCCCAAACUGCCGGAUAUGCCCUUCACCGUGAUGUAUAGCAAUGAACCCAGACAAGAGCCACGAAUCUACGACGAUUUUCCCGCGGUUUGGCCGAGUAAUCCUCAACGUGGGCAACUUGUCCGGUUAGAGUGUUUCGCUUCAGGUUAUUCUCAAGUUGAAGGUCUUCGGUACACAUGGCGCAGGGUAGAAGAUUCAUAUGGGAAAAAGGCGAAACCGAAAUCCCUGAAAUUACGUAUAACCGCAAAACCGUAUUUCACCACACCGAUUUUGGACACUGUGGUGGAUUACGGAUCCACAGUGACCAUGACUUGUGAAGCCUCGGCCAUUCCGUCCCCACAGCAUCAGUGGUUCCGAAAUGGGGUUGCACUGAGUGACUUGAUUGCGCAACAAGUGGUGGAUCCAACGCGAUAUACGAUCAAUGAAACUUCCGAUACUCGGUCUACCGUGCAAAUCACAAAUACUCAACUCACGGACAAUGCGAUGUUCACCUGUCUGGCUUGGAACAACCUGGGCAGUGAGUCAUCUUGUGCUGAACUGCGAGUAGUCCAGCUGGCCCCGACAUUUGCCAAGCAUCCGGUAAUGCCAAGCGAGGGUAUGGUUGGUGGUUCAGCAGUGAUGGAAUGUCAACCGGAAGGAGCACCGGGACUCACCACCAAAUGGUAUUUCGGACAGACCGAACUAAGUCCCGGCACAAGCACUUUGGAUCCACAAACGGGCACAGCCACGUGCGCUAGUCAGUACUGCACUCUGCCAAAUGGAAAUCUGCUAAUUGUAAGAUUGGUCCAAUCCAACGCUGGACAGUAUACUUGUGUGGCCACGAAUACGUUAGGCGAGGCCAAUUCAAGUGCUUACCUAACUGUCAUUCCUGCACUGGAGCUGACGUUGCAACCAGGUGUGGAAAUCAAAUUCGAUCGUCUGGACUUGGAUGCGCGACGAUACGAGGUGGCCCAAUUGCUUCGACCCUACGGCCGUUACUUCGGUCAGCUGCGUAUCAUCUACAUCCAGUUCGAGAAUUCCGGCAACUACACAUGUGCGGCUGAAACCCCGUUGAGCACCCUGGCCGCAAAUGCUUUGAUCCAAGUGGCCGGUCCACCUGGCCCGUGUGGAGGUGUGAUUGUCGACCCGCAAGUGGGCGUGAACCAGGUCAAUGUCACAUGGACAGUGGGAAAUUCACAUCUGUUCUCAAUUGUCGGAUUUACUAUUGAGGCCAAUGCCAUGUUGGAUCCCCGUGGCAAGUGGACGGUGGUUGUGUCCAAUCUGAAUAUCAAUGAAACUCAAGUGCUUCAACCGUCUGGAAGACGAAUGACUUUUGUGAGCAAUUUGGCUGCCAAUAUGGCAUACCGGCUCAGAAUCCGCGCGAUCAAUGUAGUCGGUCCCGGAGAGCCCAGUCUGCCCAGUCGGUCGUUUACCACCUUACCAACUGCUCCCACAAAAAUGCCUCUCAAUGUGACCGGGGGUGGAGGAAAGCAUGGAACUCUGGUAUUCCAGUGGGUUCCACUGUCUCGGGUGGAUGAGANACCGGAUUUUCGAUACCGGGCACAUAUAAGAGCCAAGGGUGAUAGUGAAUACGGAACAUACGACUUGUGGACUGCAAAACCGAUCGAGGACGGAGCGUUUCUCCAGUAUACGCACCUUAUUGGGGAUAAUUUGUACUAUAAACCGUAUGAGGUUCGUUUGGAAGCAGUCAAUAGUAUGGGUAUUGGCCCUAUAACCGAUCCGGUCACAAUAAUGUCCGCGGCUCGAGUCCCAACCAAUGCUCCGGGUGGAGUAACCGCGGGUGCACUGAAUUCAUCCGCGAUCACAGUCUGGUGGACACCACCACUCCCGUCGGAAGGUGAAGGCCCAACAUGGGGCUAUCGGAUACUCUACUGGCCCCGUGUGUCCGACUGUCGUUCCCUGCAGUCGGAUUUGGCUCGUUAUCAGCUUGGUCAACGGCAAACCGUGCAUGGAGAUGUAACGGAGGGAGUGAUCAUCGGGCUGGACGCGGAUACAUAUUACUGUAUUGCAGUUCAGAUUUUCAACAGCGCCGGUGAUGGACCCGAAUCCAGUUUUACCGAGCAAACCACAUUCAAAAUCUCCCCACAGGAUUUCCCUACCAUGGUUACCCUAAACUCCACAGAUCGACCGGGCACAAUACGCGUUUCGUGGGUCGGGAUUCAAGCGCGUCCGAACGAAGAAUCUGUGGAAGGAUACUGUAUUCGAUAUUGGCCUGCCGGGUCUCAAUUUAAACAGACGUUCAAAGACGUGGAUGUUGGACUGAAAACGUACGGCUAUGUGACUGGAUUGGAGGCUGAUAUGCGAUACAAUCUGCGUGUAUACGGAUACAGUCGAGGUGGAGUGGGAAAAAUGAGUUCACCGGUGAAUCAGUUCCAAAUCAUACCCAGAGAUAAAUGUGUUCCAGGUGCCACGUGGGAUGGACCGGAUUUCCGUUAUAAUUUCAUCUGUAAAGGAUGUCACGUGACUGCUCAAGCACUUGUUUCCAUCCUGACAUUCUUGAUCGCCCAAUUCCUGUCCAGUCUGAGCGAAUGA